AUGGAUUCCGAAAAUACGAGCCAAGGGCCAGAUGCCAGCUCACCAGUAACCGAGUCCAGUCAGCAGCAACAACGACAACAACAACGACGACAACCAAAAGAAGACGAGACCGUAAUAAGCCGUCAGCAAUCCAUUUACACUCUCACGCUCGACGAGUUCCAAAACACCAUCAAUGAAAGCGGGAAGAAUUUUGGGUCCAUGAACAUGGACGAGUUCCUUAACAGCAUAUGGACCGCCGAGGAGAAUCAGGCCCAAGCCCAAGCACAAGCCCAGGCCCAAUGCAGCUCUCAUACACAGCCCACCAGCAACAUCAACCAGUACUCAGCACAGUUCCCCGGUCGAGCCCCCAACCCGUGCCCGGGCCUUCCGAGGCAGGGCUCCUUCGCCAUUCCCGAGCCCCUUUACGGGAAAACUGUGGACGAGGUGUGGUCCCGAAUCCACAGAGCCAACGGUGCCGGCGAGAAUCCGGCGGCCAACCGGCAGCUGACGUUCGGGGAGAUGACGCUCGAGGAUUUCUUGGUCCGGGCCGGGAUCGUGAGGGCCCAAACCCAGCCCGCUUACGACGGUGCGGCGGCAGCGGCCCAUUCGUCUGCCGUGGUUGGGCCCACCAACUACGCCGUGAGAACGCCCGUGGCGGCGGUAGCGGCGGCGUACGGUUAUGGGCCGGUGGGAGUCGGGUCGCCGGCCAGCCCGGUGGCAACGGGCGGGCCGUGCGGGGUGGAGGGGAGGAGGCGGGCAGGUGAUAGGCCCGUGGAGAAGGUGAUGGAGAGGCGGCAGAGGAGGAUGAUCAAGAAUCGGGAGUCGGCCGCACGCUCUAGGGCAAGGAAGCAGGCGUAUACGGUGGAGCUGGAAGCGGAACUGAAUCAGCUUAGAGAAGAGAACGCGAGCCUAAGACGAGCUUUGGUGAACAUGGAGAUAUACUUUGUUGCUAUGUCAAUCAAUGAUGAAAGCGAAAGGAAACGCAGGCGAAAGAGUGAAGAGGCCAGCGAGCAAGAACAAAGACAGCUCAAAACUAAGGCUCGGAAAGUCAACGAGAAAUUACGGGACUUGCAGAGGAGCUCGAGCUUUUAG